AAGUUGAAAUAUGAAUCUUUAAUUCGAGCUUGGACCAUUCACCGACCACUGUCCGCCGUAAGCCGCUAAACUCAGCCUUCACCGACGCCAAUAAGUGGCCAUUUCCACCACAUUUUCCACCUCCGGCUCUCCGAUUCCGGCCUCCGGUACCUCAAAUACUCCUAAAACCUUCUCGAAUCUCCAGAGAACUUUCUAGAACAAGCAUUUACCGAAUCUACACAAUUCGUAUGCUCUAUUUUACGGAAAUGACAUUGUGUUAAAGGCGCGUGAGAGAUGUCCGUAGGCGAAUAUAGCGGCGAUCACAACGUCCUGUUACGUUCGAAUUCAUCGGCGUCGGACGGAGAUUUAGAAGGUCAGUUACCGCAUAAGACUGGUAGUAGUAAAGGCAUUACGGAUCUAUUAAAGCGUUUGGAUCGAGGAUUUUCGAAUAGACGAUCGUCGAGUUUAAAGCGUUCUGAUAGGGACCACAGUGUUGCUUCUACUAGCGGUUCUGGUAACGUCUGCGCUGAUGAAAUUCUCGGUGAUAGUGCUCCGCCGGAGUGGGCAUUGCUGCUAGUUGGAUGUCUCCUUGGCCUCGCUAUUGGACUUUGUGUUGUGGCUUUCAAUCGUGGGGUACAUGUAGUACAUGAGUGGGCUUGGGCUGGUACUCCUAAUGAGGGAGCUGCUUGGCUUCGCUUGCAAAGGCUAGCUGACACUUGGCAUCGGAUACUUCUAAUACCAGUCCUUGGUGGAGUCAUUGUGGGCAUGCUGCAUGGUCUGCUUGAAAUAUUGGACCAAAUAACACAAUCCAGUUCUUCACCGGGACAAGGAUUGGAUUUAUUAGCUGGAAUCUUCCCUACUGUAAAGGCAAUUCAGGCAGCUGUGACUUUGGGAACUGGUUGUUCUUUAGGUCCUGAAGGCCCUAGUGUAGAUAUAGGAAAAUCUUGUGCCUAUGGAUGCUCAGUGAUGAUGGAAAACAACCGAGAAAGGAGAAUAGCUCUUGUCGCUGCUGGUGCAGCUGCUGGAAUUGCUUCAGGUUUCAAUGCAGCAGUGGCUGGCUGUUUCUUUGCAAUUGAAACAGUUUUAAGACCACUUCGUGCAGAAAACUCACCUCCAUUUACAACUGCAAUGAUCAUAUUGGCUUCUGUCAUAUCGUCUACUGUUUCAAAUGCUGUACUCGGAGAGAAACAAGCUUUCACUGUGCCCACGUAUGAUAUGAAAUCUGCUGCUGUUCAUGCUUUACUCCGUUGAAUGGAAAUAUUUGUAAUUAGUGAAUUUUGGCAUGCGAUACAUGGUUCCAGGUCCUUUUCCUGCUCUCUGAUCCUUUAGUGCCGUUUCUCCUAUGAUAAUUUCUCUGUUUUUGUCUGUUCAUACUUACCGAUUAUCAUUCAUAUGCUAGCUUUUACUAACAAAGGUAGUGACAAACAUGUUUUGCUGAGUAUUCUCUGAUUUCUAAUUUAUUUAGCAUUUAGGAUUGGUACAUAUUCCUGUACUGUUGCUGUCAAGCAUGGAUUAUGUAGCUCUUAAUAACACUUCUAUGUGAUUCGGGAUUGUUUUGAUUUAACAUACAUUUUUUCUCCAAAUUGAUCAGCAAGAUGCUGCUCAGAAAUAAACUUUUUUUUUUCCUGAACUUCGUUUUUCAGAUGUUCUAUAACGGUAAAGAUGUCUGUUGAUUCUUUUUGUGAGAUGAAUUUGGAAAAAGAGAAU